ACAGCAACACUGAUCAAGUUCGCCAUGUUGUUUUUUGUCACCGUCACCAACACACGCGCAGAAACUAUUGCUCAGCAUUUCAAUUUUUGUUUCUGCCAGGGAAAUUACAAUUUUCAGCCCGAUCAACUGCAGGCAUUAUCAAAAUAAAUAUAUAUAAAUUGAGCCCAAACGAAUCCAUCUGUCUUUCUGCACUUUUUGUUGGAUUUUUGGCAUUGGUGGUCCAGAAUAAGUUGCGUUUUGUAUGGUUUCCGUGAUUCGGAAGUCUACUGGAAACUAGGUCAUCUGUAAUGAAUGCCGAUAGACAUCUGAUAUCGAACUGAAGGAUCUUUUAUUUGUCUAUGGAAGCAGAGCACCAGUGAAGAAUCUCGGAAAGCCAGAGUGUUAACCCUCUGUCUGUACUGAAAAGAAAAUAAAUAACUAAUCAAAUCAAUUGAUUGAUCAAGAUGAGUGUGAUUAUUCGGUUACAAAAUCUGCCGUGGACGGCCAAUGCACGCGACAUUCGAAACUUCUUCUCGGGCCUCUCGAUUCCCGAGGGCGGUGUCCACAUUAUCGGCGGCGAGAUGGGCGACGCUUUCAUCGCUUUCAGCACUGACGAGGAUGCCCGCUGCGCAAUGCUGAAGGAUCGCGAGAAGCUGAUGGAGGUCCAGGUGCGCCUUCUGCUCUCCUCGCGGGCCGAGAUGCAGAAGGUUAUAGAGACCGCCCGGAAAGGCGCCUCCGCUCCAAUAGCCGUUUCAGUCCCCAUGCCUGUUGUGGCUCCCAUUGCGGUGACAAAGCCGAGUCCAGCUCCUCCAAUGCCACCGAUUAUUGGGGGUUUGAACAGCUUCUUGGCUCAAAGCAAAGUUUCCCCGACAGGUGGGGUUCCCUCUUUUCUGGCCUACCAGCAACAGGCCGGAAUCACGCUUUCCGAUGUGACAGGUCGCAGUCGCAGCCGCUCCUCCAGUUCUGAUGAUAGCGAUAGGGAGCGGGAGAGGGAACGCGAACGUGAACGAGGCCGCAAACGUCGUUCUGAUCGGAAGAACAAUAGUCCGGAAAGGGAAACGAAGAUAGUUGCUAGUGGAGGUGCGGUGCCAUCUCCCUGGGCUCAGCCACCACAAAAUCAGUUGAGCUUGGGUCUCAACAUGGGCUUGAGUCUGAAUGUUCCAUCGGUGCUACCUUCACUUCAAAGCUAUUCCACAAGUAGCACUACAAACAACGUGACCAACAACUACAAUCUCGCUCCGAGUAAUCCCAAUGCUCAGCUGCUAGCUGCAUUGCAGCAAGUGGCUACCGGUGGUGGGGCUCAAGUGCAGCCUGCCAAGACCGAAGGCGAGGCCAUUGCCUUUGCCAGCGUAAAUCCCUAUGCACAGAUGUAUCCUCAGCUUUUCCAGCAACAGCAGAUGCUACUGCAGCAACAACAGACUUCCAAAGCGUCGCCUUCCAUUGGCAGCUCUCCAGGAGGGCGCAACUCGCCCACUGUGAUAGCAGACACUUGCUACAUUCGAAUUAGUGGCAUGUGCCAAAGUACCUCAUACAGCGACAUCCGAAAGUACUUCCAGGGUUUGUACAUUCCGCACAAUGGCAUUAAAAUCAUGAUGGUAAAUGGCACACGCACUGGAGUAGCGUAUGUGGAGUUCUCCCGGGUGUCCAGUGCCCAGAAAGCUGUGCAGCGGAACAACACAAUGUUGCGUGAUCGCUUGAUUCAAAUUACUCCUGUGAACGAUGAUGAAUUCGCUCGUGCAGAGGAACGUGCUAAUCGCCAACAAAACGAGGUGACCAGGGGUAGUAGUAAUCACAACGGUGGAGAGCGGAACGAUGGAGGAGAGAUUACUAUGCCCACGCCCACACCGAUUACCAAUGUCCUCUAUGUAGAGGAUCUGCCAGAACUCACCACCGAGCAGGAGAUCAUGAAGAUGUUCUCAGCCAGCUACACCGUUGUGGACAUCCUUAUAAGCCCCAGUCCCAACAAUCGACGCGAGUGUGUGGCCUUUGUUCUUUUUGCCAGGGAAGCUGAGGCUGAGUCAGCUCUGCAGGAUACAGCCAAGCACUUUAUAGGGUUCCGGCAGUUAAGGGUAAGACCCAGCAGUCAGGCGGAGAUGCAGAAUGCCAAGGAGAAGCAGCGCAGAGCCAAUGAGCAGCUGCUCAAGGAGGAAGCAGAUCAGAGAGAUGAACUCCUAAAGGAUCAGCAAAGAAGGCAGAAACUGCAGCAACAGGAGCAGGAGAACAAUCAGAACAACAGGUUCGCUGGUGAUCCCAGAAGGCGCCAGGUUGAGGAGCAUCAGCAGCAGCAACAACAGCAACAGCAAUAUCAGCAAGAGAUGAAUAUGGUCUCGAAUAUAAAUCACAACAUGAAUCCAAACAUGAUGUCUCAGUUUGAUAAUGCUUUUAACAUGCCACCUCAGCAGCAAAACGGAGGAAUCAACUUCCCUUUCAAUAUGAAUGACAACUGCAACAUGAAUAACAACGGAAAUCUCAAUGGCAAUGGACCGAACUUCCAAAAUAAUAAUGGAGGCGGAGGAGGCCUCCAGCGUCCCAGGCAAGAGGAUGUCUUUGUGCGUGUUCACAACUGCGAGUAUGCCACCAGGGUCAAUGAUCUGGGUGAACUCUUCUCUCUCGAACAAUUACGUAUUGAGCACAUCGAACAACUUUUUAAUGAUCGAAACCAGAGUUCCGGCGAGUUUAUUGUCGAGUUCUCUGAUCCUAUUAGUUGCAAACACGCUAUCAGGGAGUUCCACAAUCGACGCUUUCGAGGAAGGGGGUUGCGAGUGGUUGCAAUAACACCGCAGGAAAUUGCUGAUAAGAUGAAAAAGCCUUUCAUGGAUUACUUUCCUGGAGGUAACGGCCCAAGGAAAACGGAAAGUAGCAAUACGAGUGAAGGCGGUAGUGGAAAUGGAGGUAGCGGAAGAUCUGAAGGAGGUCAGGGAUCACAGUCAUCACGGCGUCGCGGACCGAGUCGCUUCGAUCAGCCGCAGGAUCAGAAACCAGAACAGUUGGACCGACAGGUAUCCCUGGAAAGAGAAGAUAACAGCAAUGGUAGCUCCAACGCCCCUGUUAAACAGCACUUUAAUCCCUUCGCUCGACCAGAUCCUGCUCUGAGCAUCAACUCAAUCUCGCCCAGCAUUCAAAGUCAAAGCAAGCAAGCCUCCCCUGUACCCGUCACAACUUCAAUAAUCCCGGACAAAUUCAGUCGCCCGGGAUGUGUGGUCGCCAUGCGAAAUGUUCCGUUCAAGGCUGAGCUAAAGGACAUCCUGCGUUUCUUCGGCGACUAUAAGCUAAGUCCAGAUGACAUCAUAAGGCGCUUUAAUGAUGAAGGGAAACCCACCGGAGAUACUCGAGUGGCUUUUGAAUCCCCUUCCGAGGCACGAUCCGCAUUCGAGUCCCGCCGCAGGAAGCAGAUAUUUAAUCGCACCGUUUACCUUGAUAUCAUUUAGGUUAUUUACCCUGACUGUUUCAUCACCGCUAGUGUAUGUUGUAAAUAAGUAUUAUUAAGUCGAAUUCAUAACACAUUGCCUAGUUUACGCGUAAACAGUUUUGCCGAC